UCUGCCACACAGGCAGGUUUAAGUGUUUUAAAAAUGGCUGAUCUCCUGGGAUUUUUCUCACACAGUCUCUAGUGUAUACACAGAAUGGUGCGAAAAACCAAAUAAACAUCCAGUGAGCAGCAGUUAGUCAUGCGUAAGCUCCUUGUUGACGAGAGAGGCCAGAGGAAAAUGGACAGACUGGGCCGAGCUGGCAGAGAGGCUCUGGUAACUCAAAUAAUCACUCUUUACAACCGUGGUGAGCAGAAAAGCAUCUCAGAACAUACAUCAGAUCUUGCCAUGGAUGGGCUAUGAUUGCAGAAGAUCACACUGGGUCAAAGCCACGAUCAGGAAUCUGAGGCUACAGUGAGGACAGGUUCACCCACAUCGGACAGCUGAAGAUUGGAAAAACACAGCCUGGUCUUUUUCCUUUCUUCAAUCAGCUGCUCAGUGUUUGGUGGGUUUAUGCCUCAGAACACAACAGCAGCACUUUAUAAAUGUAAAAGCUCUCAGCUGAACCUGGACAUCAUAAAAAUAUGAACACACUGUCUCAUUUUUACGUUAUAAAACCUACAGAAAUGCUGUUUCUUUCCACAUUUUUUGGCAUCCCUGAUUUCGAGCGCCCUCUGUUGUACCGGAAGAACCGAUACAGGCGCUUGGUCACGUGCCACGCUCUCCCCUGAGAGCACUUCCGGUGGUGUUUCCUGUGUUUGUAAACUGGGGGAAAAAAUAGGAACUCCGACGAGAAAUAUUGCUCGCACAGAAACGGAAGGUAAAUUAAAAAUAAACGUGUCUCCAUAGCGCUUUACCUGUAGUGCUUAGCAGCGAGGGUUUUUAUUUUGAAAGACAGUCUGAACACGCUAAAUGCGACGCUCUCUCUCCCCCCCAACACACGCACACACAUCACUGCGAUGUCACAGCUUUCCAACAACCCAGUCCGAGACCACAUGAAAUGGGCUGGGUUGCUGGGCUGUGAGGCAGUGCUCUCCAGUAUGGCUCUGAUGCAGGCCAGUUCUCCACCCAGCCAUAAAAAGAUGGCGUCUCCACUGAGCCAGAACCACAACCACAGUCACAACCAGGAAGCCCACAGUCACCACAGUCACAUGGUGCUACCUUCUGGAGUCAGCUGCUCACCCAUGCUCAUUAAUAAGGAUGGAGAGUUCCACUCUUCCCGGCUGCUGGAGGAGAAGGACAUGCAGUCGAGCCAGAACGCGCAGUCAAAGAAGAAAAACAGGAAGUCAGGAACACCGACCAAAGUGAGAGAAAAAGUGCAGGUGGAGAUGCCUGAACCAAGCGAUGACGGUUCUCUCAACUCCCAGGUGCAGAAGAACUUCAUCUGCGAGCACUGUUACGGAGCGUUCCGCAGUAGUUACCACCUCAAACGACAUAUCCUCACUCACACAGGUGAGAAGCCAUUCGGGUGUGACAUGUGCGACAUGCGGUUUAUUCAGCGCUACCAUCUGGAGAGACACAAACGUGUGCACAGUGGAGAGAAGCCUUAUCAGUGUGACCGCUGUCAGCAGAACUUCUCCAGAACAGACCGGCUCUUGCGGCACCGGCGCAUGUGUGUCGUCGGCAUCCCUAAGGAGGAGAACACGUCGUGCUGUGAGGGACGAUCUUAUUCACAGGAACCUGCGCAGCAGUCGUGGAGCCCCCUACAGGCCAACAACAGCAGCAGCCGGCUUGCAGUGUGACGGCUUUCCGAAGCCUCCGUUCAGCUCUGUGAGAGCAGGGUGGACUCAGCACAUCCACUCGGGGACACUUUACUGCAUCAGACUGAUCCUGGAGACUCUGGGAAAAGACUCCAUCUCUUGCUUCACUUCAACUUGGUCAUAUUCAGCUAUUUUUUCAGCUGAUUUGACUGAUUUUUGUAGUAUUUUCUAUAGAUGCUAUCAGCCCCUGGGAGGGUUGGCGUAGUUUUUUUUGUACUGCACAGGCAAUAAUGAGUCAUGUAGAGGACCAAGGAGUGGGUUAAUCCUAUGUUUAAUAGUUACCGUGGAUGGAGAUUGGUUUACACGCACAUAAGAUGGUUUAAUGUGUUACAAAGUCACAGAAAAUUGUGAGCAGCUUUUCAGCCGUUGUCACAUGUGGCCUUUUGAUUUCUCCACCAUUCUUCAAUAGCAUAUAACCAAGAAUAAUUGAAAGAGGUGCUAAACUGCAGGACCCUGCGUUCAUACUAGCAAGAGACAAGUCACUAAUGUUGCUUGUAGUUUGUCUCUAAUGACCACUACAGUUGUCGCAUGUGGGCGUACACCAGGGCUUCCCAAACUAGGGGUUGCUUGAUUUACAAACGGGGCCAUGAGAGAAACACAAUCUCCUCUCUUGUUUAAUUCAUUUAUUUUAUAAAUUAAUAUUAGAAAUAUCAAAGAUGGAUUCUCUGUGCUAAUAUUUUGAAAUGUUACUCAGAAAUGUUACUUCUGGAUUUUCUAGAUUACUUUUGAAUGUAAGGUCAGAGUUUUAAAUUUGAAAUGCAGACCAUGACAACAAUCACGACAAUGGCGGACAGAGCUCCUCAGUGUGUUUAACAUUGCUGUGCAUGAAAUCGCAAAACAUUUUACAGUUUGACUUGGAAACCUGAUGGAUGGGGAUGUCUUGGCUCUAACAUGGCAUCUAGUGAAUGUCAUUUUCGAGAGUGUGAACAAUGACACUUGCGGUACUGCUGCUUCUGCACCAAAAAUCAUUUGGCAAGUAUAAACCAGGCUCCUCUGCUAGAUAUCUGACUGUAUUUACAUCUGGAACAAAAACAUGGGGUUGGAGUUGCAGAAAAUUCAUAAUGUCCAUUUUUGGGGUCGUUUGCUCAAAACGUUUGGGUGCCCCUGGUGUACACUGUCCGGCGUUUAUUAUUUCCAAUGACAAACAGUAGUAGCCAAAAUGGUACUGAUUCUAAAGCUCACUAGUUAAACACAAAUUAAAUAAUGCACUAGUCAGAGUGAAAAUUGGUUAUUUGAUUUACAUGUUAAAUGCCAGGAUUCAUACUAGCCUUGUUGACAGAUUAGCAAAGCAAGCUUUUGUUAGAACGGAAUAAGAUGAAACCACAGUUAUAAGAGUUUCUUCCAUAUUUGCAUCAAACAGUAAACUAAAGAUUGCGAGUGAGGAACUGACGAAAUGUCGGACCACAGAUGGGGAAUCAUUCGACUCAGUUGUUUGUAUUUGUUGCUUGUCGCUUGCCACUGUCUCUCAAGUCGUGACUCUGGGACAAGUCAUGGUACAUAGAACAUAGAGAAUAAUUAGUGGUCUGUUGCUUUGUGGCUUGCUAGUGUAAACACAGGGUAAAACACAACAACUGAAAUAUUUUUCCCAAUAAAUCCAUUUUAUUUCGAGACAGUUUGGGAAUAUUAGGCUCUUAAAGGUGUAGAAAGUAAGAGGUUUACAUUUAGCCAUGGUAGUUUCAUUAUGCCACUGAAAAUUGCUAUCACCUGUUAGUUCUAAAGAAGUUUUUUUUAAUCCACAUUCAUAAUGAUGAUAUCAAAGAAGAAACGAAAUGUAUCACUGCAAUACCUCCUAUAGGUCUAGGAAUUCCAUUUACAUUUGGCAGACGCUUUUAUCCAGAGUGACUAAGAAAAAGUGGUCCACUGUGAUUCAGGUCCUCACUGUAAUGCAUUUCUGUACGUUUGUGUGCAUAGAACUGUUAUUUUUGAGUCCAGAUUAGAAAUGUGUGAACAUGUGUGUGAGUUUUUUUUUUUUUGUUGUUUUUUUUUCCCAAUCAAUUCCUGAUGCUGUUUAUCGAGUACAAUUUUCUGGACUCGAACACUGGAUCAGUUGGCCCAAAUAAGGCUAACGGUGUGUGUGCUUUUUAGCAUUUAGUCAUUUUUAUAUAUGAACCAGUAGUUCCUUAGAAGGCCAGGUACUACAGACUUUAAACACUGAACAAAGACUACAUGCAGAUUCAUGUGCUGAAUCUUAUUUUAUUUUGUUUUUAACAUUUUCUGUAGUUCUUAGACUGCUACAGGUGUUUAACCUAGUAGCCACGUUUUUAUAACAAGUAGAUUUGCAUGAACCUCCGUUCCUCAAACAUCUUGUAUUGUGUUUGCUAAAGAAAGAAAAAAAUGUAUUUUUUUGUACCCGUUAAUAAUUUUUUUUUUGUUUUUUGUAUUUUUAUCAUGCGCAAAACAUGCACACUAAAAUCUUUCUUACCCAGCUAGGCACUGCGUAGUGAGUGGAAAUAUAGGUUCUCAGAAAACAAUAAAUUAAUUUCUUUUUCCAGA